AUGCCUACGGACGUCGAGGAUCCUGGGAGUCCGUUGCCUCGAGGAGGGGUUAAACUCUCUGCCUUGUACGAGGCGCAUUACGAAGGACCUAAGACGACGUUGGUGAGGAAAUGUGACCUUUGUACAACUCCUAUGAGAUACUUCAUAAACAACUUUAGCGGUCUUCAGGCCUCUGUUGCAAUAAUCCUAAUGAUGUGCGGUCCCUUAGGUGCAGCAUUGCUCAGCACAAUUGUCCAUGAAUACGUGCCAGAAAACCCUACGCACACCGCAAACAAUCCUGCAAUGUGGAUGCUGUACUAUUCGCUGGGAUGCAUGACAGCUGGUUUUAUGAUCUUCGGUGAAGCAAUGCGCAUCGUCAUGUUGGGUGACGCAACGCUGUGGCGUAUAUACUAUAAGAGGGUAGAGAAGCGUGAGGAAGAAUCUGCACGCGCCUCGCAGGAUGCUGCGACAGACAGCGAGCUGCCGAGCGAAGAGUCCUCCGGUGAUGUCUCGAAGUCUCAGGCUUCUCGGGAACCUAAAUCCCCAUCCACUAGAUUCCGCGGCGCUUUGCUUCGUAGCUUGUUCAAGUUUCGCACGAACAACGUUAUGGUCGAUGGCGAGUUCCCCCGUCUGACUAGUUGGCAAUGGAUUAGACGUGCCACGUUUUUGGAGUUUAUUGCUCAUGUGAUCAUUCCACUACGAUGGAUUGGGGCGAGUUUGAUAUUAUUGUCUUUCCAUAUCUUCAACCUCGUUGACAUGUUUAUGUACACUGACGGCAACUUCCUGAAAAGUGCGUACCACGUCAGGGGGGGUCACUACGUGAAUGGCAUGGCGCAUACUACCAUGGUAUACAUGGGUUGGCGAUUGUUCGUUGACGUUGCUGAGUUGUGGCGUAAAUCUAGAGCUCGAAACUUGCGCGAAGACUUCAUAUCUGAAGUCCACAACUUGGACGGAGGCAAACAAUACAUCAGUGAUGCCAAGUUCGCCUUUGUCAUGGAUGGCUGCCCAUGCACUUACACUGUGCCACAGCUGCUAGCUCUGCCACCGGAAUACGAGCAGAGUACCAAAUUCCACAGCCUCCACACAUAUACAUUUAAGAAGAUAUUCUUUGGUGCUGCUCUUAUUGUAAUUGCAACUUCAGCGGCACUAUCACUAGCAUGCGGUAUUAUAUUUGCGUUCAUUCUCAAUCAAACCGUGCAAGAUCGUGUUCGGCAGAUUGUGGAGUAA